AUGGCAGGAAAGAUCGAUGUCAACAAUAAGGUCUAUAAACUGGCCGCCAUGCCCUUCAUUUUGGAACGCAAGGGUGACUACGAUGAGGCCAUCACGGUCUACAAGAGCGCCAUAACUGUUUUGGACGAAGCAACUAAAAUAUACAAGAAAGGAAAUGUCCUCAAAAUCAACAGAAAAAUGUUUGAGAGACAGGUUCAAGUCCAUCGAGAACGCCUAGCCUAUCUCGAAUGCCUAAAGAGCAAGGGCAGUUUCGACGGUAUAAUAUUGCCUCCGACAAUUUUGGAUGCGAUGGAGGAGGUGGAAAAGGAGGACGGAAAGACCUGGUCAUUGACGCAGGUAAGCCACACACAUUCCGGAACAUCGCACGACUCCUCCAGGUCACUUAUUCUUGCCAACCGCCAGAUCCGCAAGGAUCUUAAUACAUUUCGCGGGGAUGAUGCUAGUCAAUCUACAAAGGAUACCAACACAGCUCCAGCCCACAUCCAACCAUUCCUCAAUACUGACACCUCCCAACGCCCCUUCUUCUCGCUGACCCUGUCUCCCGACGCGCCCACGGUCACUUAUCGCAUUACACAUUCCUCGGAGCUUGUCAACGCGUCCAACACACACGUCCUAUACGCCCUGCAAUUCGUCUGGAGUAACGAAGCGCCCAUCGUCGAGACGGUCCUCCGACGCGCUGGGGAAUUCUUACCCCAAAUCGGGGCGACGAGCGUGAGACUGCAGAAGACCAAAGGUGGUACUUUCCGGAUGAUGACACGGACAAUUCCCGACAUGGGCGCAAUAAUCGAGAUUCCGGAUGGAGAGAUGCAGCGCAAGGAUUGGUCGCCGCGACGAUUUGAGUACGGAGGGCGCAAUUUCGUUUGGAAGAGUGCGGCAGCAGAAGGUAAGAAGGAGGGCGGGAUGUUUGGUAGCUUUGGCAUCGCUUGGGAGACUUUGUAUGAGACCAAGCGUGUGUGGGCUAAGGGUGGAAGUAGGACUGGGAAGAUGGAAGAUGAAAUUGUUGGUCCUAGGCUGUGCUGGGGAGAGAAGAAAGGUGGGAACGGUGCGGACCACAGCAUUCACAUGGUCGGUGGUUUGGAUCUGUAUUUCAAAGAGCAUUUGCUCGCGGUUCAGUUGUCGAGGUUGGCUCGUGCCAGCUAUCCUCCGCAAAAGGAUACCAAGGGGAUCGAAGCCGCAUCAGCUGGUCUAGGUUGGCUUUCGAUUGUUUCGGAUUUGGCGUGA